AAAGCAGGAGACUGCUAAGAUAAAUAGGACACACAGGUUGAGAGGCAAAGAACUGGAGAACUAACAUGGGUAUCCAGGGCCUUUUACCCUUCCUAAGGGAUGUUCAGAGAGAAGUCAACCUGAAGGAUUACAAGGGCUGCACAGUGGCAGUAGACGCAUAUUGUUGGCUACACAAGGGAGCUUUUGCUUGUGCAGAAAAACUGGCUGUGGGAGAAAAGACAGAUCAGUAUGUGUACUACUGUAUGAAGUUUGUGAAUGCCAUGCUAUCCUGGGAUAUUAAACCUGUAUUGGUAUUCGAUGGGUGUCACCUGCCUUCAAAGAAAGAAGUGGAGAGAACAAGAAGAGAGAGAAGAGAUGCCUACAGGAAGAAAGCUGCCCAAUUUCUACGAGAAGGUAAAAAGAGUGAAGCAAGGCAGUGUCUAGAGCGUUGUAUUGAUAUCACCCCACAGAUGGCGCUGGAACUCAUGAAGGCAUGCCGUGAGAAGGGUGUUGACUGUAUUGUAGCCCCCUAUGAAGCGGACUCUCAGCUUGCCUACCUAAACAAGAUAGGAGUUGCUCAGAUUAUCAUCACAGAGGACUCGGAUCUCCUGCUGUUUGGAUGUGAAAGGGUUUUAUACAAACUUGAUGUCAAUGGCAACGGGAUCAUGAUUGAGAAGGAACGGCUGGGUGAGGCAGCAAGUCUGAAAAACUCUUUCUGCACUUUUGAAAAGUUUCGCCACAUGUGCAUUCUCUCUGGCUGUGAUUACUUGCCAAGUUUGCGAGGGAUUGGACUCGGAAAUGCUGCCAAGAUCAUUAAAAAGGCAAAAAAUCCAGAUAUGACGAAGGUGUUAAGGAAACUGUCCACCUACCUGAAGAAUGCCCCAGAGGUGCCCCAGGAAUAUAUAGAUGGUUUUACACAGGCAGAAAAUACAUUCUUAUACCAGGUGGUAUUUGACCCAUUGCAGAGACGUCUGGCCCCCCUUAACCCCUUCCCUGAUGGAAUGAACCCCAAGGAUUUGGAGUAUGCUGGAGCCUACUUCUGUAAUGGGCGAGCUUAUCAAAUAGCACUGGGAAACAUCAACAUCUACAAUGGAGAAAGAAUGGAUGACUAUGAUCCAGAUACUUAUAAGCCUCCACCCCAAAAGGUCAAGAUGUGGGAGCAGAACACUGGCAAACGCUCAGGGAUGCUCCACCGUCUUAGUAUAUGGGAUAAAAACUUCAGAGCCAAGUCUUCAGUUUCUACCUUGAAAACAGAGCCUUCUAGGACAGAAAGGUUGAGCACUGCUGGCAUUGAAGUGCAGGUGAAAACUAUUAGAAUAGACAAUCUGAGGCAAAAUCAUGGGAAAAGAAAAAGAGAAGAGGAAGAUUUGGAAAAGAAUGACAUAACACUAGCAGAGGAGUAUGGUUACAAAAAAUCUCAGGAAAAGAAAAGAAGAUCAGACGAUCUUUUGUGUUUACCAGAAACUCAAAAAGAGGAAAUAUCAACAAAAGAAAACCUUUAUGACAGUAAUGUUCAAGAAUUAGCUGAUGUUAGUAAUAAUAAAGAAAGCAGCAAAAUCGUUGGAGCUGAAGAGGUAGAUGCCAUUUCUCCAAGGAGGAAGAAUGUUUUUGGCACAGUGCUGCCGAAGAAAGAAAAGUUUAAUAUCAAUGCAGCAAAGCCAGUAGUAGAAACCCACAGCAGGUUUUUUACCAAAUCAACCGCCCCAAAGCUGAAGAAGAAAAGGGAAUCUGUCUUUGAUCAUUUUGAGUUGCAGCAAGGCAUUGAAAAGGAUACUGCUACAUCUUCAAAUUCAGAUCCAAAAGCAGAUAUGACUAACACUGUGUCUUAUGUUAAAGACCAUAAAAACAGUGUCCAGGAAAAACUAAAUAUGAAUCAGGAGAUUACAACAACUCUACAAACAAACACCACAGUGGAAAUGGAAAGCAAUGCAGAUUCUCAGGAAGCCAAAGUGAGGAAAUCUAGUUUCAUGUGGAAUAAAUUCAGCAGUAGUUUUAGUUCAAGACCAAAGGAAAGUGAUGUCAAGCAUGUCCCAUUAUCCUCAAGUCAAGCAUCUCUGAGUCAGUUCAAAGCUGUUAAAGUGUCUGAAAAAUCUGUAAAUGAUGCACAAAUGGUCAAUACUUGGACACUAUCACAGACAGUCAAAGUCAACCUGGUUUAUCACAGUCACAAUUGCUGUCCAGUCAGACAAGUAAUACUGCCUCAGAUUGGUCAGAGAAGGCAGUUUUUGGGGAAAGGGACCUAUCACAGGAAGCAAAAGAUCCUACUGAGGUUUUAG